AUGGCAAAAGGCUCUGGUUCAGGUACUGCUGUUGUUGCAACAACAACAUCUAUUGGUGGCGGUAUGUUCUCAACAGGUAAGAAGGCUAAACAGCAUGUUGACAUCGAUUGCACUCCAGAGGCUGCACUUUUUGUUACUGCAGGUCUUAUUGGCAUAACACUCUUACUUCAUCUUUUAUCCCGCCUCUUGAAAUAA